UUUUAAGAUCCAAAAAGGUUAAUUCCACCAAUAAUUUGCAUUUGGGUUUGAUAAAAAAUGAGAAACUAACAACAAAAGAACAAAAAUAAAUGAAGGAAACAAAAUGGAGAUAUUGUAGAAAGCGAUGGUUUGCUUUCCUCUCGCCAGCACUUUUAACCCUUUAUACCAAAAACACUUCAAUAAAUAUUAAGCUUUGUUUUCCCACUCCUCAAAACUAAAACCAAAUCUUAACGUAACCAAUUAAAUUAUAAUGCCUUCUUCUCUCCCACAUCAUCCCACCAUUCUGGCGCCGGAAUUCCUCCGCCACCCGGACGACCGUCCAAAGGUCCCUUACGACCAAUUCAGCGACGAAAUUCCCAUCAUCUCCCUUGCCGGAAUUGACGUCGACAGCGAACGCAGGGCCGUCAUUCGCCGGAGCAUCGUUGAAGCUUGCGAGGAAUGGGGGAUCUUCCAGGUGGUGGACCAUGGCGUCGACUCGGAGAUUGUUUCCGAUAUGACUCGUCUGGCGGGACAUUUCUUUGCUCUUCCGACGGAGGAGAAACUCCGUUUUGAUAUGUCCGGCGGUAAAAAGGGGGGAUUCAACAUCUCUAGUCAUCUCCAGGGAGAAGUUGUAAAAGAUUGGCGUGAGUUAGUAACAUUCUUCUCAUACCCAAUUGAGAAAAGAGACUACUCUUUGUGGCCGAACAAGCCAGAGGGGUGGGCGGCGAAGACGGCGGAGUACAGCGAGAAGCUGAUGGGGUUGGCUUGUAAGCUUUUGGAGGUUUUAUCGGAAGCCAUGGGUUUGGAGAAGGGGGCCUUGAGAAAGGCUUGUGUGGACUUGGAUCAAAAGAUCGUUGUCAACUUCUAUCCCAAAUGCCCUGAGCCAGACUUCACCUUGGGGCUAAAGCGCCACACUGAUCCUGGAACCAUAACCUUGUUGUUACAAGACCAAGUCGGCGGCCUUCAGGCUACCAAGGAUGGUGGUCGGACGUGGAUCACUGUCCAACCUGUCCAAGGUGCUUUUGUCGUCAACUUAGGUGAUCAUGGUCAUUAUGUAAGCAAUGGGAGGUUCAAGAGUGGUGAUCACCAAGCAGUAGUGAACUCAAAGUCGAGCAGGAUGUCAAUAGCCACAUUUCAGUACCCUUCACAAGAAUCGAUUGUGUAUCCAUUGAAGAUUAGAGAUGGGGAGAAACCAAUUCUAGAAACACCCAUCACUUUCUCUGAGAUGUAUCACAUGAAGAUGAAGAAUGAUAUCGAGUCUGCAAGGCUUAAGAAGCAAGCCCAACAACAAGCUCAAGACUUUGUUGCUUAAUUCCCCCCCCCCCCAUAUGUUAGAUGGUUUACGUUUGGUUUACGUUUGGUUUUUAGAUCAUGUCUAUCCAUCAAUAAAGAAUUGUGAUGUUAUAGUCGUUUGGUUUUUAGAUCAUGUCUAUCCAUCAAUAAAGAAUUGUGAUGUUAUAGUAAUAAAGUUUUAUUGAUAAAUCAAUUAUAAUGAA